CACACAGACAUCAGCUCCACCGAGAACCACACCAACUCCGGUUUGAAUGCUCACCAUGAACCUUUGAAUCAAAUCAUCGUGCAGUCCAUAGAGUCGAAUGUCGCGACGAGUGGUCGCGGCCAUAUGGUCGUUGCUGAUCGGACAGGGUUGGUUCACAUAAUCGAUAAGGGCCUACAAGAAGAGUCAUUUUUAGCCUACGAGAGUGGUCGCGUCACCCACAUGAAGCAAUUGAAACAACGCAAUAUCUUGGUCACUGUCGGCGAGGAAGAAGGCGCAGUACAAGUUAUCAGGCUGUGGGACCUUGAUAAGCCUGACAGGAACAAACCCGGCCCAACACUAGAGAGGUCAAUUCGCAUUAAUCAAACUGGAAGUGCGUUUCCAGUUUCGGCGCUCGCUGUCCUGGAAAACCUCUCUCAAAUUGCAGUUGGACUCGCCAAUGGCACAGUUGUGUUAAUCAGCGGCGAUUUGAUGCGGGAGCGCACGACAGCUCAGAAGAUUGUUCAUCAGAACGACGAACCCAUCACAGGAUUGGGCUUCAGAGAGCAGCAAAGAGGAGCUUUGCUUUAUAUUGCCACAACCGCCAAAGUCUUACUUUACAACACUUUUACGAAAAAUACUCAGACACUGGAUGACCACGGAGGAGGCCUAGGAUGUGCUGUUAUGAACGAAAGCACACAGGAGCUGGCAAUUGCAAGGGACGAAGCCAUUUUCUUCUAUGGACCCGAUGGGCGAGGACCAGCCUAUGCAUACGAUGGCCCGAAGACAUCUAUUUCAUUCUAUAAGUCAUACUUGGUCCUUGUUUCACCCCCCAAUAUCCCAGCAGCUGCAUCCAGGACGUUCGGAGUAAACUCGGCAGCCGUUUCAGCAAAUGACACAACAAGGCUGACUAUCAUUGAUACCGCGAACAAGUUUACUGCAUAUCAGGCAACCUUCACACAGGGCAUCCGUAGUGUGAUCUGUGAAUGGGGAAGCAUCUAUAUUGUGGAGAAUGGUGGCAAGGUGUAUCGUCUGGAUGAGAUGGAGACAUCUGCCAAGCUGGACAUCCUGUUCAAGAAGAACAUGUACCUGCUAGCAAUUAACUUGGCCCAUAACCAAAAGUACGACAACGCCAGCAUUUCCGAGAUCAUCAAAAAGUACGGCGACCACCUGUACAAUAAAGGGGACUAUGAUGGAGCGAUGGCGCAGUAUAUUCGAACGAUCGGACGCCUCGAGCCCUCGUAUGUAAUUCGGAAGUUUCUCGAUGCCCAGCGUAUCUACAACUUGACAUCGUACCUGCAGGAACUGCACUCUAGUGGGCUUGCCAAUGCAGAUCAUACAACGCUGCUGCUCAACUGCUACACUAAACUCAAGGACGUCAAGCGUUUGGAUGAAUUUAUCAAGACGGAUAGCGAUCUGACCUUCGAUCUGGAAACCGCCAUUCAAGUAUGCCGUCAAGCUGGCUACUAUGAACACGCCGUCUAUUUGGCCGAAAAGUUUGAAGAGCAUGAUUUGUACUUGACCGUCCAAAUCGAUGACGUGAAGCAGUAUAAUCGCGCGUUGGCAUAUAUGCGUCGCCUUGGACCCAUCGAGGCGGAUAAAAAUCUACAAAAGUACGGCAAGGUCAUGUUGACCCAUCUUCCAGAGCAGACCACUCAGCUCUUGGUCGAUCUCUGCUCAGGGACACUUGUCAGGAAUAACACAUCCACAUCCACACCUGGCACGACCUCUCCAGUUAUCAACCAUCCAACUAAUGCGCCCCAUGCGGGCUUCAGCAUGUUGCCUUUUGCUAUGGGCGGCACAGGUGGCGCAUCAUCGCCUCCUGUAUCGACUAGUGCCUCUGCCAGUCCAAACAUCGCCGGCCAUGCGACGUUCCCAGCCAAGAGCCGAGGUGGCCACCACCAUGAGUCGGCCAAAUACGCGCCACCUUCACCAAGGACAUUUAUGAGUCUCUUUGUAGAUCUCCCGUCUUAUUUGAUCACGUUCCUAGAGAAAGUGUCCGCCAAUCGCUGGCCGUCAUCUUCAGGGGCUCACUCUUCUCAAUCAACACUCGUGUCCUCUGGAAAUUCGCACAAGUCUCCAACAGGAACGAACACAUCAACUAGGCCGGGUAAUGUGGGCAGUGCAGGGAACAACGUCUUGGGAGUCAAGAAAACAGCUGGGAGUGCAGAAUUUAGCGACCAUGCUUCAACAAGUGGUGCUAGCCGAUUCGGAGCAACAUCGGAGCAGGAUAUGGAGGAACGCAAAGCAGUCUGGAACACUCUCUUAGAGCUCUACCUCGCCGACCCUCCCAUGGCGCUUUCGGAGCAAGGCAGCAAGGGCUCUACCAUGCAAGUUGCUGAGAUGAAUCGCAGGAUGAAGGAGCGGAAUAUCAAGAAGGAGAAGUGCCUUAAGCUGCUCAACGAAACGGAAAUUUCUUAUGACACCAAUCAUGCAUUGGUGCUUUGUCACAUGGCUGGUUUUGACGAAGGAAUUGUCUUUUUAUACGAGCGCAUGAAGAUGUACACAGACAUCUUGCGACUUUGGAUCGAGCGUGACAACACUGCCAAGGUGAUUGAGUGCCUGCGCAAAUACGGACCCUUGGAGCCGUCUCUAUACCCAUUGACGUUGUCCUAUUUUUCGUCCUCACCUGGUCGCCUAACCUCGGCAACACCAGAGCUGCUCAAGGUGCUGGAUCACAUCGAUCAGCAAGAUCUGCUGCCGCCACUUCAAGUCGUGCAGGCACUAUCGCAGACAUCUGUAGCGACUAUUGGGAUGAUCAAGAACUAUAUUGGUCGCCGCAUCGAAGCGGAGCGCAAGGAGAGACUGGAGGACCAUAAGCAGAUUCAGAGCUACAGACAGGAAUCUGAGAAGAAGCGGCGCGAGAUUGAAGAACUGAAGACAUCGGCGAGAGUGUUCCAGGCCACGAAAUGCAGUGCGUGUGGCGGUUCGUUGGACCUACCGGCUGUACACUUUUUGUGCAAGCAUUCGUACCACCAGCGUUGUCUCUCGGAUGCGGCAGACCGGGAGUGUCCCAAGUGCAUGGUCGAGCAGCGAACGGUUGCAGAUAUCAGGAGGAUGCAGGAGGCGAAUGCAGAGAAACACGAUCUGUUCUUGUCAGAGGUAAGGCGCGUUCUGUGAUCAAUUCCAAAGACACUAUUCUUCAAACCGGCUUGCUGACUAUGUCAUUUCUGUUUAAAUAACAUAGCUGGAGGAUGCGGACGAUGGCUUUGAGGUGAUCGCUAAGUACUUUGGAAACAACACCAUGGCAUUUGCCAGGUUGGUCGACUCGUCUUCAUAGUUACUGUUAAUUAGGAUGGACGAUCUGCUGUGAAAUAAAUAAAAAAAAACAGCUGAACACACA